AUGUCAGACCAGCCCAUUGAAGGAACAAGUAGCUCUCUUCCGCAGCAAGUGUUACCUUUGGAAAUCAUUGAUCGUUCUAUAGGCAAGAAGGUGCGAGUGCUAAUGACAAGUGAUAAAGAAUUUUAUGGAAGAUUAAUUGGGUUUGAUGAUUAUGUGAAUAUGGUUUUAGAAGACGUUGAAGUGAUAACAGGCAGUGAGGAGCAAGGUUCCAGCGAAACGGGAGAAGGCAAAGAAAUUGUGAAGAAGAUGCUUUUGAAUGGCGGCCAAGUAGCUUUGAUCAUCCCUGAUGUGUAA